UGACACAAAACUCCCACAAUGCAAUGUUACGUAGACCUCAGCUAAACAACAAGCCGCACCUGAGCCUGAAUGGUUUUAAAUAGCCGGUCCGGAUCGUCUGCCCCCGCUGUUUCUGUCCGGAGGUGGUCUGCCGGAGCUGGCUCGUUUUAGCUGUGUCCUCCCACUCUGCGGUUGAGGGUUCAGGGUCCAGGAUGGAUCCCGACUAUGAACAUCGCCUCCUACGCCAAAUUAACACCGAGAAUGACAUCUUUAAACUGCAGAACAGUCGGACACCCGCCGGCUCACCACUGUCCUCGCCCACUAAGCUUGGAGACCGAUUCAUACCUACCAGAGCGGGGGCAAACUGGAAUAUCAACUUUCACAGGAUCAACGAAAAUGAGAAGUCACCGACUGUGAACAAAAAAACAAAGGAUGCCUCUUCUGACAAUAUCAAAGCAGACGGGCAGGCCUACUCUGCUUUGCUGAAGAAUGAGCUGUUGGGAGCAGGAAUAGAAAAGAUCCAAGAUCCCCAGACGGAGGACAGACGUCUGCAAUCGUCCCCGCCCGAGAAGAGGAGUCUCUUCUCUUACUCGCUCAACACCAAAAGCUUGUCAUCAGAAGACGGCGCCAACGUCUCUCCCUACUCGUUAUCACCCGUCAGCAAUAAAAGUCAGAAGUUGUUGCGUUCACCAAGGAAGCCAACUCGCAAGAUCUCCAAGAUUCCCUUUAAAGUCCUGGAUGCUCCAGAGCUGCAGGAUGACUUUUAUCUUAACCUGGUGGACUGGUCGGCUCUUAAUAUGCUCAGUGUGGGGCUGGGCACGUGUGUUUACCUGUGGAGCGCAUGCACCAGCCAGGUGACCAGACUGUGCGAUUUGUCAGUAGAGGGCGACUCUGUCACAUCGGUCGGAUGGUCUGAAAGGGGUAACCUUGUAGCCGUGGGAACUCACAAAGGCUAUGUUCAGAUCUGGGAUGCUGCUGCUGGCAAAAAGCUUUUUGCCUUGGAGGGCCACACAGCCAGAGUUGGAGCUCUGGCUUGGAACGCCGACCAGUUGUCUUCGGGAAGCCGAGAUCGUAUGAUCCUCCAGCGAGACGCGCGGACGCCUCCGCUGCAGUCAGAGAGGCGCCUGCAGGGACACAGACAGGAAGUGUGCGGUUUGAAGUGGAGCACUGACCACCAGCUGCUCGCCUCUGGUGGAAAUGACAACAAGCUGUUGGUGUGGAACCACUCGUCGCUCAGUCCCGUGCAGACGUACAUCGAUCACCUGGCUGCAGUUAAAGCCAUCGCCUGGUCCCCCCAUCAGCACGGCCUGCUGGCCUCGGGCGGCGGCACCGCCGACCGCUGCAUUAGAUUUUGGAAUACCCUGACAUCGCAGCCGCUGCAGUGCAUGGACACCGGCUCUCAGGUCUGCAACCUGGCCUGGUCCAAACAUGCUAAUGAGCUGGUAAGCACCCACGGAUACUCUCAGAAUCAAAUCUUGGUGUGGAAAUAUCCAGCUCUCACUCAGGUGGCCAAGCUUACAGGACACUCCUACCGAGUGCUCUACCUGGCCAUGUCUCCAGACGGUGAGGCGAUCGUGACGGGAGCUGGAGACGAGACUUUACGCUUCUGGAACGUUUUCAAUAAAACGCGCUCGACAAAGGAAUCUGUAUCAGUUUUAAAUCUCUUCAAGAGGAUACGGUGACUUUAAGCACCUUUUUUAAAAGAAAUAAAAUCCUGCCAUCAUCGGCGGAUAGCUCAGCCGCCCGGUGCUAAAGACAUAAAGUACAAUCAGAGGCUUAUUGUGAGUUUUCUUUUCACAAAGGGAAUGACAGCAACACCUAGUUUUAUUUUUAUUUUUUAAAAUUGUGUGAAAAAUUCUUUUGCACCUGCUGUGAGUGUAUUAUUUGUAUUAUAUGCUUAAAAAAUGUAAAAGUGGGUGGGGUUUUUUUUCUUUCUUUUUUUGUCAGUAUACAAAAGUAGAAAUCACAAGCCUUAAGAAUAUUGGUAUCAUCUGAAAUGUGUUUUGUUUACCUCAGAUUUAAUUUAUUUAACACACUUAUUAUACAAAAGACAUUCAGAGACUUAUUUUUACACCAUUGUUCAUAGGAUGGAGGUUUGGAGUGAUUUAAUGACAUAUUAUACUAUGAAUAAAUAAAAAAACAAGCACCAUGGUUAUUGUGACCUUUGGACUGUGGUUGAGAGGAGGUGACUGAGUACACAAAGUCUAAUGCUGUGCAUUUAGACGUCUACUGAAUUGCUGAUUAUUUGCAGUAAAACAAAUAAAAGAUACUCAGGAGCCAC